CACUCUCCGACAGCAAGAAGAUGAAGUUGAGAAAAACUUCCAAGAGUCACUCAAAUAUGCCAUUCGGUUGUGCGGUUUCGACCAUGCGCGUGCAGUUCGGCCGCUUGGACUUCUCUUGAGUGAAAAGGCUAUAUUUUCGUACAACUGGGCUUUUCAGGAGGCCAUCAAUUCCCGCAAAUUCAAUGCAAUGGAGGCCGUCAUGAAGCGCUAUGCCAAUUUUCCUCGGUCUGAACUCCGUUGGCCCAUUGGAGGCGCUCUCCUAAUCUAUGCCAUUGACUGUAGAAGCUGGUUUUUGCUAAACACCUUCAGCGUGCUUCCAUUCCAUAUCGGGGAAAGCUCUCAUAGCUCGUCCUCGGAGCAUGGAACCGCAAGGCCCAAUGAUUUACCUUCGCUGGAGUUUAGCGAAUUGGUCGCUUUCUGUCAGAAUUCGCCGUACAAAGACGAAGUUCACAGCGGAAACGAUGAAAAGGUUCUGUCAGAGGUGUUCAAUAACGUCGCAUACCUUGUACAUGAUCUUAAGAGCACCAUCUUUUCUAACCGAACAUGGGCCUGGCCAAUUUUGGAUCGAAUAAACGAGGUAUGUCGGCAACGGCUAAGAGAUAAGUACAUAAGGAGCUUCACAGUAGAUGACCGUCUGAAAUAAAUGUGGCGAAUAUGAGGCGGAGAUUUGAGGGAUGUCAACUGUCUUUUGUUGUAUAACUUCCGUAAUUAGCGUCAGGUUAUGUCUCAAGAAGCAUCCGUCACUGUCAUGUGAGAUUCAGCACCUAACGAGGUAAUGAUAUUUAGACGGGGUUGAAACAAAAUCCAGUUGAGAUACUUAUAAUCUGUGUGCGCUCUCACAUCUUCUCAC